AUGAGUAGUAAAACAAAUAGAAGAAAAACAUUUUGCAAUGUCGUGUGAAAAUUGUUUACAUUUGAUAAAAUUAUUAAAUUUACAAGAUAAUGUUGUAAUACCACAACAAAUACUAUUAAUUAAGGGUGUUGUAGAGCAGUCUAGGUGUUAUAAACAACAAGAUAUAACUUUAUCUCUAGAAAAUGAGAAAAUUUUAAGCACCGGCUUAUGCCACAACACGGGAAGAUUUAAAUUUUUAAUCGAUUUGGGCCAAGAAAAUAGAAAAUUUCAAUUAAAUUUUUCUUAUGGCAAAGCAAAGUUGUUAAUAAAUAUAAUAUAUGAAAAACAGGAGUCAUUAUAUAAAAUCCAGCCUUUAAUAGUACUGGCCAAAGAUGAAUUGCAGCAAAAUGAUAAUGUUAAGUUAAAUCAACAAAUAAUUAAUUUAAAUUUAUUAUUAAUACAAACGGUAUAUGCGGAAAAGCUAUGGGAGGCUGUUCAACAAAGACUGACCUUUGUGUUUAAUGAUAAUUGUAAAAUAUUUGUUUCCAAACUCACCAAGGAGGAGAUAUGGCAAUUAGAGGAACAGGACUUAUGGCUGGAAAUUGCUAAGGAUUUGCUGACCUCAGAUUGGGGUAAUCAAGAUAAUUUAAAAUUUAUAGCAUUUAUAAAUUGCAGCAAAUAUUUGGGCUUGGAAGUAGAGAAAUCCCAAGAUUUUUCAUAUCAAAACAUAAGAAAACAUAUCAAGGGUCAUGCCGCUUUAGGAGCAGGAGGUUUGGCCUUAUUUAGUACUACUUACUUUUAUAGUUGGCCUAGUGAAUUUGCCGAUAUUUUGAAAUGCUUUCUAGAUCAACAAAAACUUAAUCUUGCUCUCGAACCAGAUGACAGUAAUUAUCGCAAAACUAGAGCGGGUGUAUAUGCCUCCAGUUUGGGAGCUGUUUGUCAUGAAAUAGGUCAUAUUUUUGAUUUGGGCCACGAUUUGCAAGGUGUUAUGGGCUCAAAUUUUGACUAUAUUAAUAGAGUGUUUACGUUGCAAACUAAAACUGAACAUUUGCCGGAAAGAAUAGUACAGCAAAAGCCAAUAUCGGAAAAUAAAUCACGCUUUACUCGUUUAAAAGAUCCAGCCAAUGGUUUUUUACAACGCUACCGAGAGCAACAAGAAAAUGAUUCCUUUUAUUUUUCUCCAAGUUCAGCAAUAAUUUUAGCUCAUCAUGCUUGGUUGAGAAAGGAUUUGGAAAAGUUUCAGAGUAAUACUUUUAAGGUGAAAUUAGAUUUAAAUAUGGGUAUUAUUAAGAGCUUGGAAUUACCUUUAAAAAUAAUAGAAUUACGUGAAAAUUCUAAUAGUUUGGUUAAGGAAUGGUUUGAGUUGCAAAAGACAUCUGAAGAGAAAUUGAUUUUUGAAUUUGAUUUAAAUGUUUUACGCAAUAAAUUAUCUAAAGAUAAUUAUUUAUUUGUUAUGAGUAUUUAUGGCCAUACGAAGAAAUUGGAAAUGUAA